AUGACACACAACAUUGACAAGCACAAUUUUAGUGAAUCUGUGGCCUUAAUAACAGGUUCAUCGAAUGGCAUCGGUGCUGCCAUUGCAGUUGCACUCUGCUCCUACGGCUGCAAAGUGGUUAUCACUGGUCGGUCUGCUGUGGCUCUAGAAAAGGUUGCCCAAGAUGCGGCCAAAGCUUCUGGCGGAAUUGCUUCUCUACAGAUUGUUGGCGAUUUGCUCGAUGAUACCUUUCCUUCACGACUCAUCGCUGAAACGAUUGCCAAGUUUGGAAAACUAGAUUUUCUAGUAAACAAUGCUGGCUCUAUGAUGGGAAGAACUACCUUGUCUGACACAAAAUUUCUGCAAGAGUUUGAUAAACUUGUCAACUUAAAUGCACGUUGUGUUGUAAAUUUGACCCAGCUUGCUGUACCCCAUCUAAAGCAGUCUAAAGGAGCGGCCAUUCUUAACAUUGGAAGCAUUGCAAGUCAACAGCCUUGGAGCGGAAUUCUUCCUUACUGUGUCUCAAAAGCAAUGUUGAAUAGUAUCACCAAAACUACUGCUUUAGAGCUGGGAAAGUAUUCAAUUCGAGUCAACAUUAUAAACCCGGGAGCAGUUGACACGGACAUUUACAGAUCUAUGGAAAUGUCACACCAAGACUGGACACAGUUUAUGCAGCGAAAGGAGCAAACAAGUUUGCUGAAACUGGUCGCCCAACCUGAUGACAUUGCCCACUUGGCUUGCUUUCUCCUAAGCCAAGAUGCAAAAAACGUGACCGGAAGUAUCUUUACAAGCGACACUGGUGCUAGUUUAAAAUAA